CAAGGCAACAUACACUUUUUGAGCGCAUUCUUUGUAAAGCGAAUUUGUUUUGUACAAAAUUAGGCUAUUAAUACCAACCUAGGUUUGUAAUGGAAGCGUUGACGUCAAAAAAAAAAAGAGCGUUGACUUCAUAUAUAACUCAUCUACAAACCUUAGAGCAUGAGCAACGCGGGAUUUAACACAAUCCUUAGCGCUAAUACAUAAGAAAAUACUAAUAUUAAAUGGGCUUACGCUAAGAAAGAAUCCUUAGGUAAGGAUUUUUUGUCUUUGAUCCUAAAUGACCUGGCAUCAUCUGAUUGGUUGGGUGAAACGUUGCGUUUCGUAGGGGGACGGGAAUGAAUCAUUUACGCGGCUCGUAAAGAAAAAAAAAACCUCUCCUUCUCUAAAGGCGCCGACAAAGGAGAAUCGGCGAUCUGCUUGGUUUCAGGUAAAUCCGGCCAAAUCCGACCGCUAAUACUCACUAUUCUUUCUUAUAGAGUACAUGCAUGUAGAUUUCUCUUGUUUUUAUGGAUUCGAUACAUGGGUUUGAAUAGAUUUCGGGUUUCAUUAGCGAUUGGGGAUAAAAUUAGAAUUAGGGUUCCUGUCGGGGUUUGCCAAUCGACUCUUUUCGAUGUAGUUCUUGGUUAUUUCGGAGGAUUUAAGGGUCCGUGAUUAAGCAGUCAUUCGAUGUUGGGUUUUAUAAAUCGAUUUAGGGUUUUAUAAUUUGGGGCUUUUGAUGAUUCUGUUGUUUUUUUUUUUUUUCUUGUCAGCUCUAAAUGGAGGACGAACUGCGAGACAUGAAAGCACACAAAGCGUACUACAACAUGCUUCAUUUCGUUUCAGAAGCCCAACAGGGAAUUCCGAAGCUGUGCCCCUGUGGAUCUAUCACAAAGGAGUUCGUCGACGAAGAUGAUACGUAUGAUUACCUCCCGGGGAAAAGAUACUUCAUCUGCACAGACUACCAGAACGACGGGCUGCAUUUUAGGCAGCCAUGGGUAAUGGGUGUGCAACAAGAGAUUGAGAGGCUCAAACUAAAGUUUCUCGAGCAGGAGAAGCUCCUGCGCGAGUGCGAGGCGCUUAAGGUUAGUUUCUUACUUAACGUUGCCACUAAUUUUUACAAUCUGUCUAACAUAUUGUUCUGUCUCUGAUGUCUCUUCAGGUUCAGGUUAAGAUGCUUCUUGAGCGUGUGUGUGAGCUUGAGAGAGUCCGCUGAGGUUAGUGCUUUGAACCCUUUUAAUCAACAGUUAAAAAAAUUAGUUGGUACAUGUGUGUGUAACUAGGAUCGUCUGGUGUGUUUCCUUGUAGUUUGAAACCAAACUAGGAUAGUGGUGUGUGUUGUAGUUUGAAACCAAACUAGGAUAGUGUUGUGUGUCUCCUUGUAGUACCAAACCAAACUAGGAUAACGUUGUAGUUUGGAAAUAAGGUUAACUUUGUAGUUUAAAUUCCCACCAAACGAUCAUUAAAUUGUGCCUUAACUGCUUCUUUUUAGACUUAAAGUUUAUCUUCCACAGCGACCAGAACCAGAAGUUUAACUUGGAACACGCGUGGAGAGAGCUCAGGCAUGAUGUGAAGUGGUGCUCCACCUAUCUUGAGAAGGAAAAGCGCAAACCAGUGGAUCCUGUUGAUGGCGAAGGGGCAGUGCCAGAGCCAGAGGAGAGACCAGUUGGGGUCAAGGCUGCGAAGGCUGCUAAAAAGAGGAAGAAAACUGGAAAAGAAGAAGAAUUGGCAAAGCUUGAGAGUUUGUUGGAGAUCAAAAAACAAAUCUCAAAGCAAAGUUUGCUAGAGAGUUUGCUUGCAAAGUCUGAGCCUCUCUCUGAGAUGGAGUCGGCUCUGAAAAUGAAACUUCUGUCUGAGUUGUUGUAGGGUUUCUUAGCUCUAAGUGUUUCACAUGUUUGCAUUAGACUAGUGAUUAUCCUUAGUUUCACAUGUUUGCAUUAGACUAGUGAUUCAUGUAGUUGUCAUUUAACUUGUACAUACGUGAAUAUCCUCUGCUUACACACGUGAUUUUCCUGUCUCAGGUGAAGUACAAGACCAUGUGCUUGUUGAAGACUAAAGCUGGCAUCUUGAAGUCACGGGUGGUUUGUCUCUUUCUCCUGUUAUUUAGAAAUCAAGUCACGGGCUCUUUGUUUCUUGUUGUUUGUAUUUUGAUGUGGACCAAGUCGUGUACCAUGUUGCCUUUAUAAGUCUCUUUGUAGACUGGGCUGUUUAAGUGAACCAAGUGUGUUUCUACUUCCUUGUAUUCUCUCAAAAACUGAUGUAAAAUGAUGUUUUAGUGUUUUCUGUUUCCUAUGCUCUUCUUUGCCUUCUACUUCCCUGUUUCCUAUGCUCUUCUUUGCCUUCUAUUUACAUAUUUACAAACCAAAAUAAAAAACAAGGCUCGAUACACAGCAACACAACAAGGCUCGACUCAUCCCACUGCAACCUGUAAGCCUUUAAAAAAUAUUUAGGUAACCUUCAAACAUUUACGUAACAUUUAUGCUGAAUCCUUCAAACAUUUACGUUUCAAGCAUUACUCGAAGGAAAACAAUAAAAACGAUAUAUUGUUUAAUUUUGAUAAACUGAGACUUACCAUAGAAAUACUGAACAAUAGUGAGUAAAAACAGAGUAAUUUUAUUAUUUGACAAAAAAUAGACUACUUAUUUUUCUCUUUUAAAGUAAAACAAAGAGUAACGUAUACAAUUUCUUUUUAUUUAAUUUUGGUUGUUUCUUCAUUAGUCUAAAUAAUUUUUGAAGGAAAGAUAGGCAAAUAUGGGAGAUGAAGUCGACCGAAGACUCGAUGCGGCUGUCAACGAGGCUUUUGAUGAAUAUUUUGAAGAUACAUACAACAGCAUCGUGGAGAAUCGAACAGAUAAAAAGAAGAAACGUGCAUAUGUCGAAAGAAACCGCGAGGCGGGCCACAACCGGCUAUGGAAUGACUAUUUUAGUGAAAAUCCGUCAUUUCCGGAAAAUCUAUUCAGACGUCGUUUUCGCAUGAACAGGCAAGUAUUCAUGCGUAUUAUCAACACCCUCUCAGCAAAUGUUCCAUUCUUUCAGCAACGGAGGGAUGCGGUCGGACGGUUGGGUCUAUCUACACUACAAAAGUGUACGGCGGCUAUUCGUAUGCUUGCUUAUGGAUGUGCGGCUGACGCCGUCGACGAGUAUCUCCGACUCGGUGAAAGCACCGCUCUUUCAUGUUUAACCCAUUUCACAGAUGCAGUCAUUCUAUUAUUUGGAGAAGAAUACCUACGGAGACCCAAUCCUGAGGAUCUUCAACGUUUGCUCGAUAUUGGAGAGAUCCGCGGCUUUCCGGGGAUGAUUGGAAGCAUCGACUGUAUGCAUUGGGAAUGGAAAAAUUGCCCAACCGCUUGGAAAGGACAAUACACCCGUGGAUCAGGAAAGCCGACACUUGUUUUGGAGGCUGUAGCGUCACAAGAUCUUUGGAUAUGGCACGCUUAUUUCGGUUCUCCAGGUACCUUAAACGAUAUUAACGUCCUUGAUCGAUCACCUGUAUUUGAUGACAUUUAUGAAGGUCGAGCUCCAAGGGUAACGUACAUGGUCAACGGACACCAAUAUGAUUUGGCGUACUACCUCACGGACGGUAUAUAUCCAAAAUGGUCAACAUUUAUCCAAUCUAUCACACUCCCUCAAGGUCCUAAAGCAGAGUUAUUUGCUAAAGUUCAAGAAGCUACCCGAAAAGAUGUGGAGCGUGCUUUUGGUGUAUUGCAAGCUCGAUUUGCAAUAGUGAAAAAACCGGCGCUGUCGUUGGACAAGGGAAAAAUAGGGAAUAUUAUGCGAGCAUGUAUCAUACUGCAUAAUAUGAUUGUCGAAAAUGAACGGGGUGGAUACACUCUGUACGAUACAUCUGAAUUUGAAGAAGGAGAAUCGAGCAGAAGUUCACAUGUUGAGCAUAUUAACAACAUGCCUACCCAUUUCGGUAAUAUGCUUGGUCUACGGAAUCAUGUUCGAGAUAGGCGUACACACCAAGCAUUGAAAAAUGAUUUAAUCGAAAAUAUUUGGAACAAGUUUGGUGAUAAUGAAGAUGUAUAAUUAUUGUAUGUUUGCUUUUAAACAUUGAAUAAAAAAAAUUUAAAAUUAAAACUUUUUAAAAAUUUAAUAAUUUAAAAUUCUUAAGGACCUCAUAUUGAAUAACACCAUUAGACAUACAUUUUAGAGUCAAAUCCUUAACUAUUCAAAAAGCAAAAAAAACUACUAUUAUAAUCCUAAGGACUCCAAUGGUGGGUAACACCAUUGGAGUUGCUCUUAGUUUGGUCUUCUAACUAAGGUCUAGUUUCCCAGUUAUUGUUUAGUUUUCGAUUGGUUUGAUAAGUCAAAACAGAAAAUAAUCAAAAUUUUCAGCUUUGAUCUCGAAAUCUGUAAUACGCAAAUUUAGAAUAAGGUCAAUAUACCUGGA